UCACAACGCACUUUCUCUUCCUCUCUCCUCCUACCAAGAAAUCAUCGUCUUCUUCUUCAUCUAUUAGGAUCGAUCCGGCUUGAGAUUUAUUACAAUUUGCUCCAAGAUUCAGAAAAUUUCGUGGGCAAAAGAUGGACGCUGAUUCCAAGAGAUUUCUAGCUACGCUUCGAUCCCGAUCUGAAAUGUUAAUGGGCUUUGAAGAAAUAGAUGGAGAUGAUGAUUUCCAGGAGGAGUUUGCUUGCCCGUUCUGUGCAGAAUCGUAUGAUAUCAUCGGUUUGUGUUGUCACAUAGAUGAUGAACAUACUUUAGAGUCAAAGAACGCGGUGUGCCCUGUUUGCUCUCUAAAAGUGGGAGUUGAUAUCGUAGCGCACAUAACGCUUCACCAUGGGAGUUUAUUUAAUUUGCAGCGAAAGAGAAAGUCACGGAAAAGUGGUACCAAUUCGACACUUUCACUUCUUCGGAAAGAGCUAAGAGAAGGAGAUCUACAGAGGUUGUUAGGAUUUACUUCUCGAAAUGGUUCUGUUGCAUCAAGUGGAACUCCCGAUCCUCUCCUGUCGUCAUUUAUCUCACCUACACGAUCACAGAGUUCUCCUGUGACACGCGAAACCAAAAAAGUAUCCGAGGAGAAACAGAUAGAGCGCAAGAGACAAGUGUGCAUCUCACCGGUCUCAUCAAAAGAUCGGGAAGAGAGGAGGCAAAAAUCAGAGUUUGUUCAGAGGCUCUUGUCAUCAGCCAUUUUCGAUAUGGUCUAAUCAAAUCAAACACAACGAUCGAGAACACAAAGGAAGUAAAUCUACAGAUUCAGACUUCAGAGAAUCUGGUAAAUAUGAAGCUCUGUUACUUGUGUAGCAGAACCCACAGACACAUUUUCAUCGGAAUCUUGAUUCAACUGUGUGUAGGUUUCGAGAAAAAACAAUGGUUGGGAUGAGAAGAAGACGGAGAAGAGCGAGAUGCAGCUAUGUUAUCUAUAUCUAUAUCUAUCUAUGUAUUGUGUAUGUUUUUAAGUAUAACCAGAAGAAGAUGCUACUGAAUACAUUGCGUAGAAUUGUGUUUUCUUAUGUUUAUUAAGCCAUUGAAAAAUAAGAUAGAGGAAGAAGAAUAAGUCCUCUUGUCUGUAGCAUAAACCCAAUUGGUUUUCUUGUGUUGUGUGUGUUAUGAAAUAAAAAAUGUUCACUCUUGUAAGCUA